AUGGCUAAUUCGGCAACAAACCUUGCAGCAUGCUCGCCCGAAGGUCCCUGGGGCUGUUCUUUGGCCAACGUAAAUUUGUCUAGCAGUAUUUGCCCGGGUGGAAUGGUGAAUGCAGCCAUGCCUUGUUAUUCGUGCAAGAUGGAGACCGCGCAAGAACAGAAGCAGUUUUUGGGCAACCUAACACAGGUCGUAGGGUCAUCCUCAGGCGCUACUUGCGCCACUUCUGGAGCAUCCCACAAAGUAUCAAAGCCGUCAUUUUGGUUACUCUUGCUGGCACUGAUCCUAGCCUGCUUCAGUGCAGCUUCCGCUAAAGAGGUUGCACUUCUUCCCGACCACGCUAUCAAGAAAUCGUCUUACCAAGAGGCGGAAGUCUACCUCAAAACGCAUAGUGUAGGUGACGGCUUCGGCGCAGGCAAUCAGAUCCUUGUAGAAGCAGACAGUUCGUGUCCCUUGAUGGGCUCUGCUGGUUUGAUUGCAGGAGCUUCAGCAUCGUCACAAUGCCUACAGCUUGCUGCUUUAUCAGGUGAUGAAGGAAUUGCUUGUUUCCCGAAUGGACAAGACUCUGUACCAGCGAAGAGGGUUUUGGCCAAGAGGGACACCACUUGCAAUGGCAUGUACGUGGACAGCGCCGUCCCCUCACAUUCGGCGCCAAAGCAGAUCUCGAGUAUUGUCGACUGCCGUGGAGGUGCAGCUGCAUGCCCCAUCAGUGUUGCUGUUCAACAUACCGAAACUGUGUCGACCUCUCUUUCCUUAAACGCGGGAGGCCCGGUAUCUGGCAUCGACAUAGGUGCGACUUUCGGUACAGAGUACAGCGAGUCAAUGUCUGCCACAAUCACCGAAGGAUACAACGUGCCUGUUGGACAAGCCGGCUACUUGGUUUCUACCUUCAAGUCGACUUUGUUCAAGGGCUCAUUCCAGGGUUGUGGUGGGGUCGAUGGAGCAGGUCAGGCCAAUGUCAUAAGGAAGAAUGGUGAAGAAAAGCGUGUGGCCAUUGUCACGGGGUGA